AUGGACUCUCUCUUGCAAAUUCAGGGCCAGAUCACUAUAUAUGCAGGAAAUGUAACGUUACCAAGUAGAUCUCGAGCUUUGUGUAAUUUUUGGCGGCUCUCUACUCUGAGUCAUCAGAUAACGUUAGCCUGUUCAUUCUUGACGAUAUUUAAACCUCCAAUAGGUUCUUGCAUCUCAUGGCAUAAGUCUUUAUUGAUAAUGUCUUUUGAGAUCCUUGUUUUACGUAAAAAUUGGUUUUACACGGAGAAAAGUCGAGAAACAUCCCAUCCGUUAGUUGGAUUGUUGAAUAAGGCAUAUGCCAAAGUGAAAUACAAGUAUCAGAUCUUGAAAUCGGAUAGAGUUCCCAAGGAUUUAUGUCUGGCCUUCGAUGUUGCAUCUGCGGAAGAGUUCAGCUUUCUUUUACUUCUAGGGCCGACUGAUAAAUUUGAUUUACUUAAAAACAAUGGGAUUAUUAGAGAUUUUUCAGAAAGAGCUAAAAACUUCGAAGAAGCGAAUGAUUGUGAUAUACCCCCUGAGUAUGUCCACCUUUUUGAUCUAAAAAGCAAUUCUGAUGUUAAAUGGACAGUGGCAGACGAUGACUACGAAUUCACUGAUGAUGUAAUAUACCGCGUCCUCAGCACUGUGGGAGUUAAGAGUGGAUCGCCCGACGAAAACAAUAAGACUUCUAAGGGUGAUACGUCCAAAGACAAAUCUCCACCUAAGGUUAAUGCUGUUAAGGAGAUCUACAUUACGGCGUUCACGUCGUUUUGUAAAAACACCGCAUCUAAAUUCCUAGAUUUAAUCCUCCAAGAGAUAUUCUUUGAAAAGCUUGCUGAGUCUUUGGAAAAUAGACCCCAAACUCUUAAAAAAGAGAAGCUAAUUGUGCAUGCAGAUUGUGUCAAGGAACACUGUCUCGUAGAUUAUUAUGUUUCGAAAUUGAAUUUCGAGCUUGCAAACAAGGAAUACUACUUCGACAUAAUGAAAGAUGGAACUAUUCACAGCGAUGCCCUUCCGGAUCAUAUGUUGGAAAUAAAGGCUUAUAGAGACUUUCACAUUACUUUUUUGAAAAGAACUGUUUUAUUUAAGACAUAA